AAUCUUCUCAAAACAUCAAUCUCUAUAUAGAAGUUGAUAAAUGUUGAUCACCUAAGUGCUUUUUAUAAUAUUGUUUUAGUGGGGGCAUCACAAAUCAUAGCAAAUAAUACUUUAUUUAAUAAUACCAUCAUUAUUUCAAAUCAUUUUAUUACCGGUGCGCGUUGUCCUCGAAUUUGCAGUCGGUAUCAUUGGGUAAACGAAAAUGUGGUUUAGACAUUUUGAACGUAACUGAUUGUCCAAAUAGAUAAGUUAUUGUUAAGUUGUCAUUUAGGUUUUUACGUCCAGUAUACAGUCGCAUAAUUGCCAGUAAGAAAACAAAAAUCCUCGAUGGAUUAAAAGUAUAAUAAGAAUUUAAUCAAUAUAAAACAAUGAGAUGUGCUAUGUUAAAAUAAUUUGCUUCAACUAAUUAUACAAAAGGUUCAGCUCGCACUAUUUAUAUUUUUGUUCGGUAUAUAAAAUGGUUGCAAUUAGCGAAAAUAUAAAUGGAGAAAUAAAAGAAAAUACUUGUGAAAUCAGACCAGAAGCAACACAUCCAUCAUGGAAAAUUUGGAAAAAACGAAGAUAUUUAGUGGCAAUCAUGGGAUUCUGUGGGUUCUUUAACGUGUAUAUUUUAAGGGUAAAUCUUAGUAUAGCCAUAGUUGCCAUGACUCAAGACAGAUAUACCACAUUAGAAAAUGGAACCCUUGUAAACAUGGGUCCAGAAUUUGACUGGAACAACGAACUCCAAGGACAUAUCCUGAGUUCUUUCUUCUAUGGUUAUCUAGCAACUCAAUUCGCUGGAGGACUUCUAGCCCCUAAAAUAGGUGGCAAAAAGUUGUUCGGUUUUGGGGUGGCUGUUACUGCUGCUCUUACUGUUAUUACACCUUGGCUCACUGGCAUACAUGUAUAUUUUCUUAUAGCUGUUAGAGUAAUUGAAGGGCUAUUUGAAGGUAUAACGUAUCCGUCAUUUCACAAUAUUUGGUCAAAAUGGGCACCACCAUUAGAAAGGGCUAGACUGGCUCUUACCACCUUUUCCGGCUGUUUUGUAGGAACGGUAGUUGCUAUGCCUGCCUGUGCCUACUUAGCAGAUAACUUGGGUUGGCAGAGCGUGUUUUACAUUUGUGGAGCCUCAGGUUUGUUGUGGUUCUUAGCCUGGACCCUUUUAAUAGCGGGUACUCCAGAGGAAGACUCUAGAAUCUCUAAUGAAGAAUUAGUUUACAUUCGAGAGUCUAUUAAGAAGGUUGCAAUGAGCCAAAACUUCAAUACCACAGUUCCGUGGAGGAAAAUUUUUACCUCAAUACCAGUAUGGGCCAUAGUUGUUUCACAUUCAUGUGAAAAUUGGGGAUUUUAUACAAUGCUUACCCAAUUACCAAAGUAUUUAAAAGAUGUGUAUAAAUAUGAUUUGACAAAAUCCGGAUUUCUCUCAGCCUUGCCUUAUUUAGUAAUGGCAGUAUUGAUGCAACUAUGUGGAUUAUGGGCUGAUUGGUUUCUCGUUAAAGGAAUAUUAAAUACUACACAGGUCAGAAAAGCAUUUAACUGCUUUGGAUUUUUAUCCCAAACAUGUUUUAUGCUCACUGCCGCCCUUUGGAAUGAUAGAAUUGGGUCUGUUUUUUGCAUAACGAUGGCUGUUGGGCUUGGGGCAUUUGCUUGGCCAGGAUUUAGCAUAAACCAUUUGGAUUUAGCUCCACAGUACGCUGGCAUUCUCAUGGGUAUAGGUAAUACUUUUGCAACCAUUCCAGGAAUCAUUAGUCCCACAAUAACUGGAUAUAUUGUGAAAUCUCCUGCAACGGUUCAGCAAUGGCAAACCGUGUUUUAUAUAGCAGCUGGAAUUUAUUUAUUUGGAGCGGUUUUUUAUGGUACUUUUGCCUCUGGAAACUUACAAUCUUGGGCCUUAGAAAAGAACGAACCUUCGAUCAAAAAAGCAAAAAAUGAACACACAAAACAUUUUACUACUCGCAAUGUGCUCCAAGGGGAAGAAAAGUUUUAAUAAAGAGUUAAAAACUA